UCCGCCGUGUCAGUCACCAUGGUGGCGUACAACAGAGCGCAGCGGCGGCGGACCGAGCCCCACUUUUCGACCCAUUAAAAAUGUUGAUGUAAUGCCUUCUCCCGGUGAGUGGAUUCGGCUCUGCCUCUCGCGAUGGACGCCAGGCUGCUGCUGACCGGAUAACUGUUCGCCCACUUUUUUUUUUCUUUCUUUUCUUUUUCUUUUUUUUUUUUCUCCUCGUCGCUGGAUCCCGCAUGUAAUUUAUUUUUCGCGAGGAGACGAGGAAUGGCUUUGAACGGCUUCCGCGAAGGGACCCUGCUUUUUUGUGUUACGGUGAGAAAAUAACUCCAGACAGAGGCUCCGCAAGUUUUCUUCUCGCUGGGACCGCUGUCGGCGGCCGGUUUCAUCCCCGGCGACAGAACCGCAGACGCCCCGGGGGAGACCGCUCGGCCGUCUGGCUCCGGUCGUGGCCUGGCUCCGGGCACUCCCAGCUUAUCCGCUAGCUUCGGACCACAGCGGGGCGGCGGCGGCGGCGGCGGGGGCUCUUCUUUUGUUUGGCUCCACGGCGCUGGAUAUCUAAAGAAAUAACACUUAUUCAGCACCGGGAACUCGAUACCCUCUGCGGACGACGUCGUCCCGAAAACAAUGGCGUCUUACGUGGACAACAGCUUUCGGCAGGCUGUGAUGAUGAAUCCGGCUGAAAGGACGCAACAGGACCUGGAGAUCGUCUACUCGUACCUCCACGGCAUGGAGGCCUUGUCCAACCUGCGAGAGCACCAGCUGAGGAUAAUGUGCGAGACGGUUCGCUACGAGAGACACGAGGCCAACGAAGUGCUCUACUACCCUGACGACAUCGGGAGCUGCUGGUACAUCCUGCUGUCCGGCUCCGUCUUCAUCAAGGAGUCCAUGUUCCUGCCCAGAAGCAGUUUUGGGAAGCGAUCAGCCGGCAGCCUGCGGCGUGGAUGUGAGUGCAUCGUCCUGGAACCCUCCGAGAUGAUUGUGGUGGACUACAUGGAUGAAAAUGAGGAGUACUUCCAGCGACAAGCCUCGCACCGACAGUCCCGCCGGCGCUUCCGCAAGAUCAACCAGAAAGGGGAGCGGCAGACCAUCAUCGACACCGUGGACCCCUACCCCACCGGCAAGCCGCCCAUAGACCGGGGGUACCACACGGGAUGCAAUAAACCUCAGCUCCCCGCGGACUUCAGCAGACUUCACCUGGCCGACGGCUUGCACCCACAGGGGCCCCACGUCUCCUCCAGCCACUCAGGAUGUAGUAUCACCAGCGACUCUGGAAGCAGCAGCCUGUCAGACAUUUAUCAGGCCACAGAAAACGAACCGGGCGACAUGGACCUGAGCGGCUUGCCGGAGACCGCCGUCGACUCGGAGGAGGACGACGACGAGGAGGACAUCGAGCGAGCGUCCGACCCCCUCAUGAGCCGGGACAUCGUGCGCGACUGCCUUGAGAAGGACCCCAUGGACAGAACCGACGAUGACAUCGAGCAAUUACUGGAGUUCAUGCAUCAACUGCCAGCGUUUGCCAACAUGACCAUGUCGGUGAGGAGGGAACUCUGCGCCGUCAUGGUUUUCGCCGUGGUCGAACGCGCCGGCACCAUCGUUCUCAACGACGGAGAGGAGCUGGACUCGUGGUCGGUGAUCCUCAACGGUUCGGUGGAAGUGACGUACCCGGAGGGCCGGACCGAGAUCCUGUGUAUGGGGAACAGCUUUGGCGUGUCACCAACCAUGGAGAAGGAAUACAUGAAGGGCGUGAUGAAGACGAAGGUGGACGACUGCCAGUUUGUGUGCAUAGCCCAGCAGGACUACUGCUGCAUCCUCAACCAGGUGGAGAAGAACAUGCAGAAGGUCGAGGAGGAGGGCGAGAUCGUCAUGGUGAAGGAGCACCGUGAACUGGACCGCACCGGCACCCGCAAAGGACACAUCGUCAUCAAGGGCACGUCGGAGCGUCUCACCAUGCACCUGGUGGAGGAGCACUCGGUGGUGGACCCCACCUACAUCGAGGACUUCCUCUUGACCUACAGGACGUUCCUCUCCAGCCCCAUGGUCGUGGGCAAGAAGCUCCUGGAGUGGUUCCACGACCCCAGUCUCAGGGACAAGGUUACGCGGGUGGUCUUGCUGUGGGUAAACAAUCACUUCAACGACUUCGAGGGCGACUCCGCCAUGACUCGCUUUCUGGAAGAGUUUGAAAACAAUCUGGAAAAAGAAAAAAUGUGCGGCCACCUCCGACUGUUAAACAUAGCGUGCGCCGCCAAAGCCAAGCCGCGGCUGGUGACGCUGACCAAGCCGUCCAGGGACUCGCCGCUGGCCUUCAGCCUCCUCGGAGGGCAGGAGAAGGGCUUCCGCAUCUUCCUCGACGCCGUGGAGCCCGGCAGCAAGGCGGCGGAGGUCGGCCUUAAGCGCGGCGACCAGAUUUUGGAGGUCAAUGGGCAGAACUUUGAGAAUGUCCAGCUCAUCAAAGCCAACGAGAUUCUGAAGAACAACACCCACUUGUCCAUAACUGUGAAAACAAACCUUUUAGUGUUUAAAGAGCUGCUAACCAGGCCAGAACAGGACCACGACGCGGACGGCGAGGAGGAACAUGACCGGAAGAACGGCGCUCCCCACCUCCCGAAGAUCGGCGACAUCAAGAAGGCCAGCCGCUACUCCAUCCCCGACCUGGCGGUGGACGUGGAGCAGGUGAUGGGCCUGGAGAAGGCCAGCAAGAAAGCCAAGAGCAACUCGGUGGGAGGACGCAACAAGCUGAAGAAGAUCUUCGACAAGACGCUCACCAGCAUCCUGCCGCCGAAACCAUACAACGACGUUUGCGUGGGCCAAUCGCAGGACGACAGCAUCGUGGGGAUGAAGCAGUCCAAACAGAUCGCGCCGGCGCUGCCCGUCAGUGGGAACCUCUCGUCGUCCAACCCGGACCUCCUGCAGUCUCACCACCGCAUCCUGGACUUCAACAACCAGCCGGAUAUGUCGGAUCAGGUGUUGCGAGUCUUCAAGGCGGACCAACAGUCUCGGUACAUCAUGAUCGGGAAGGACACAACGGCGAAGGAGGUGGUGGCUCAGGCCAUCAGGGAGUUCGCCCUGACCGCGGCGCCGGAGGCCUAUUCGCUGUGUGAGGUGUCCGUCACGCCGGAGGGCGUCAUCAAGCAGAGGCGGCUACCGGACCAGCUGUCCAAACUAGCCGACAGGAUUCAGCUGAGUGGGAGAUACUACUUGAAGAGCAACAUGGAGACGGAGACGUUGUGUUCCGAUGACGACGCCCAGGACCUCCUGCGCGAGGGCCAGAUCUCCUUGUUGCAGCUCAGCACGGUGGAGGUGGCCACGCAGCUCUCCAUGCGGGCCUUCGAACUCUUCUGCGCCAUCGAGCCCACCGAGUACAUCGACGACCUGUUCAAGCACCGCUCCAAGGCCGGCUCGGCCAGCCUCAAGCGCUUCGAGGAGGCCAUCAACGACGAGACCUUCUGGGUGGCCACGGAGGUGACGCGGGAGCCCAACCAGAUCAAGCGCAUGAAGACCGUCAAGCACUUCAUCAAGAUCGCACUGCACUGCCGCGAGUGCAAGAACUUCAACUCCAUGUUCGCCAUCAUCAGUGGUCUGAAUCUGGCUCCAGUCUCCAGGCUGAGGGGAACGUGGGAGAAGCUACCCAGCAAGUACGAGAAGCUGUUCGGGGACCUGCAGGACCUCUUCGACCCUUCCAGAAAUAUGGCCAAGUACAGGAACGUGCUCAACAAUCAGAACCUGCAGCCCCCGAUCAUCCCCCUGUUCCCCGUCAUCAAGAAGGACCUCACCUUCCUCCAUGAAGGCAACGACUCCAAAGUGGACGGCUUGGUGAACUUUGAGAAGCUGAGGAUGAUUGCCAAAGAAAUCCGCCACGUCGGUCGCAUGGCCUCCGUCAACAUGGACCCGGCCCUCAUGUUCAGGACCCGGAAGAAGAAAUGGAGAAGUUUAGGGUCCCUCAGCCAGGGCAGCGCUAACGCGGCGGUGCUCGACGUCACGCAGACCGGCGGGCACAAGAAGAGGGUGCGACGCAGCUCCUUCCUCAACGCCAAGAAGCUUUACGAGGACGCCCAGAUGGCCAGGAAGGUCAAACAGUACCUGUCCCACCUGAGCCUGGAGUCCAACGAGGAGAGUCUGCAGACGCUCUCCAUGCAGUGUGAACCCUCCAUCAGCACGCUGCCCAAGAACGCCGGCGGGAAACGUCCUGAUACGUCCCCCGUCGUGUCCAGAGCGGCCACCCAGCAGAGGGGCCAGCUGGCCAAAGGAAACCAGGCCCUCCAGGUCCCGGCCGUCGCCCUUUACCCAUCGCGAAAGAAAGUGCCGGUCAAGGAUCUGCCACCUUUCGGCACCAGCUCCCCUCAUUCUCUGAAGAAGAUCCUGUCUCUGUCAGAGGAGGAGAACGAAAGGCACCGCAGGCAGCCAGAGGACACCGUGUCCAACGCCUCCUCCCAGCUCUCCUCCCCUCCCACCUCCCCCCAGAGCUCGCCCAAGAAGGGUUACAACCGGAUGGGAGACGCCUAC